AUGUUUAAUUUCGAUUCAACAACAAUGAAUAAUACCAGUCUUUUUGGACAAUCAACACCUGUAAAUUUAAAUCGAACAGAAAAUAGUUUUUUAUUUGGUAAUACAAACACAACACCAUUUUUAUCAUCAAAUUUACGAGGAGCAACUAAUAUUCAUAAAUCAUCGCCACUUGAGACUACUACUUUUCCCAAAUGUGGAUCAAUCAUUGGACUGGAUAAAGCUAAUAAAAAUACUAUACAAACAGCAAACCAUACAAAAACAUCUAAUGAUUUUAGUUCAGAUAUUUAUAAAGAUAAUCAAAAAUAUUCAUCUACAAACUCAACAAUAAUAUCACCAGGAUUAAAUUCAUUUUUAUUUGAUAAUAAAUCAUCUACAAAAACACCUAUGACAUUCUCAUUUGGAGAUAAUCAACUUUCAACAUCAACUUCUACACUGGGUAAUGCAUCAUCAUUCUUGCCAACUAUGACAACCACAAACACACCAUUUGAUUUUUCAUUAUCAAAAUCAGUUAUUACAUCAUCAAAUAGUACUUCUCCUAUUUUAUUUUCAACAAUGAAUCAAUCAACAACAUCGUCCAUUGAUUUACAAUCAUUUCGAACAAUGCUUAAUACACAACCAUUUAAUAAUGAAUCGGCUUUUCUUGCAAGAAAUAAUAAAAUAAAUAUUAAUCUCGAUGAUGUUCGUCUUCGUCCAAAAACUAAUCUAUUUUCAUCAGUUCUUACUAAGCCUACUGUUCUAUCAUCAAUUAAUUCUUUAUCAGUACAGUCAAAUAUAUCAUUAUCAAAAUCAAAUAAACGAAAAUUAGUUGAUUCAUUUAUUGAUGAUGAUGAUAAUAAUAAUCUAUUAAUUAUGGAUGAUGGUCCAUGUUCAAAUAAUAAAAUUUCUAAAAUAAAUAUAAAACGUCCACGUAUGCUUGAUAUGAAUAAAAUUCGUUCAAUUGUUCUUGGAAAUAAUGAAACAUUUUUAAAUAAAUCAUCAUCAACAUUAGAAAAUUUUCUUGGAUGGAAAAAAUUUCCUACAUAUGAUGAAUACAUAUCAUCAAAAAAAUCCGAACAACAAUCAUUCCGUUUACCAAAAUUAACACAUAAGGAUUAUUAUACUCAACCAACAAUUGAUGAAUUACAUUCAUAUUUUAAUGAACAUGGUCAAUGUUUUAUUAAACAAUUUACUAUUGGUCGAAAACAUUAUGGUUCUGUUACAUUUCAAGGUUUACAUAUGAAUUUAGCUGGACUUGAUCUUGAUCGAAUAGUUGAAAUUGGUCGUCGUCAUGUAAUAGUUUAUCCAAAUGAAGAAGAUCGACCAGCCGAAGGCGAAGAAUUAAAUUGUCAAGCUAUAAUAUCAUUAUUAGGUGUUUAUCCAAUUGAUCGUACAAUAUUAAAUAGUAAUGAAGAAAUUACUGAUCCUGAUCGAUUAAUUGAUAUGAAUUAUGGAAAAUAUUUAGAAGGAAUAACAAAAAAAUUUCAAGGACAAUUUAUUAAUUAUGAUGUUUAUACAGGAACAUGGACAUUUCAAAGACAUCAAUGUAAAAGGAUGUCUUUAAAUUUAAAUCUACAAGAAAAUGAUCCCUUCUAUAAAAAACAACCUAUUCGAACUCGUAAAAAACGUUUACAAGAAUCAUCACGUCUUGGACAAAAAAAUUUUCAUCCUGAACUUGAAGCAUUACCAUUAUUAAAAGAAACUUCUGUUGAUCAACAAGAAAAAUUAUUUGCUGCUAAAUUAAAACAGUGUUGUGUUAUAUUUGAUUUUUCGGAUUGUGUUAGUGAUCUUAAAAGUAAAGAAAUAAAACGUGCAUGUCUCAAUGAAAUUGUUGAUUAUAUAACGGUGACAAGAAAUUGUUUAACGGAAAAUAUUUAUCCAGAAGUGAUAACAAUGGUAUCAACGAAUUUAUUUCGUAUUUUACCACCAAUUGGUUCUGAUACUAUAUCGGAUGAAACAGGUGCUGAAGAUGAAGAACCAACAUUAGAAGCAUCAUGGCCACAUACACAAAUAGUUUAUGAAUUCUUUUUACGAUUUUUAGAAUCUAUUGAUUUUCAACCGAGUAUAGCAAAAAAAUAUAUCGAUCAAAAAUUUGUCUUACAAUUACUUGAAUUAUUUGAUAGUGAAGAUCCACGUGAACGAGAUUUUUUAAAAACAAUUCUUCAUCGUAUUUAUGGAAAAUUUCUUGGUUUAAGAGCAUUUAUUCGAAAACAAAUCAAUAAUAUUUUUCUCAGGUAUAUUUAUGAACAUGAACGAUUUAAUGGUAUUGCUGAACUACUCGAAAUACUUGGAAGUAUUAUUAAUGGCUUUGCUGUACCACUUAAAGAAGAACAUAAAGUAUUUCUUGGACGUGUACUUCUACCGUUACAUAAAGCUCAUUCAUUAAGUUUAUUCCAUCCACAAUUAACUUAUUGUAUUGUACAAUUUAUUGAAAAAGAUCCAUCACUUGGUGAAACAAUUAUAAAAGGUUUACUUAGAUUUUGGCCAAAAACAUGCUCAACAAAAGAAGUUUUAUUUCUCAAUGAACUUGAAGAAAUUCUCGAUAUAAUCGAUGCACAAAUAUUUAAAAAUGUUUGCAUACCACUUUUUAAACAAAUUUCACGAUCUGCUACAUCAUCACAUUUUCAAGUAGCUGAAAGAUCAUUAGCUUUAUGGUCAAAUGAAUAUGUUGUGCAAUUAAUUGAAGAUAAUUUAGAACGAAUCUUACCUAUUCUUCUUCCACCAUUAUGUCGAAUAUCAAAAACACAUUGGAAUACAAAUAUAAUAACAUUAACAUAUAAUUUAUUAAAAAAUUUAAUGGAUAUUAAUAAAAAAUUAUGUGAUGAUGUAUUAAAUACAUUACGAGAUGAUGAACAAAAAUCUAUGAUUAAAGAACAAGAUCGAAUAAAUUUUUGGAAACGACUCGAACAAUUAAGUUUGGCUAACGAAAAUGAAUGA